UUGUUUUUUUGUUUUUUUUUUGUAUCGUUUCGUUCUUUAAAAAUAAGUCUAGUCAACAAUGACCAAAACCAACUAUAACAACUAAAACCAACUAAAAGUAAUAAUAACAACUAACAAAACAAUUUGCAUAAAAAGUUAAACGACAAACCCAUCAAAAAAAAAAAAAAACAAUUGUGGCUUCAAAAUGCGGGUGGUAGCCAUGGUCAGUGGCGGCAAGGAUAGCUGCUACAAUAUGAUGCAAUGUGUGGCUGAAGGACAUGAGAUUGUUGCCUUGGCAAAUUUGCAUCCCAAAGAUAGAGAUGAACUGGACAGCUUUAUGUAUCAAACUGUUGGCCAUAUGGGCAUUGAAAUAUUGGCCAAUGCCAUGGGCCUGCCAUUAUAUAGAAGAGAAACCCACGGAAAGAGCACACAGACUGGCAAACAAUAUGUACCCACAGAUGAUGAUGAAGUCGAGGAUCUUUUUACUUUACUGGAGACAUGCAAGCAUGAACUUGGCGUGGAGGCAGUGGCUGUUGGUGCCAUACUCUCCGAUUAUCAGCGUGUCCGUGUGGAGAACGUCUGCAGUCGGCUGAAUUUAAUAUCCUUGGCCUAUUUAUGGAGGAGAGAUCAGACUGAAUUGCUACAGGAGAUGAUCGACUGUCAUGUUCAUGCCAUAAUAAUUAAGGUUGCCGCAUUGGGUUUAGUGCCCGAUCGUCAUUUGGGCAAGUCUCUGAGAGAAAUGCAAUCGCAUCUCUUGAAGAUGCGUGAUAAAUACGGCUUGAAUGUCUGCGGAGAGGGCGGUGAAUAUGAAACUUUUACGCUGGACUGUCCAUUGUUCAAGCAACGCAUUGUCGUCGAGGAUAUACAGACAAUCAUCAGUAGUGCUGAUCCCAUUUGUCCAGUUGGUUAUAUUAAUUUUACGAAGCUAACGCUUCAAAUGAAGGAUGCCAAGGAUACGGAAAUGGUUUUUGUUAAGAAAUCAUUGGAUUAUAUAAGCGAUUUAAAUGAAUCCACCUAUAGUGAUCUAAGUGAUCCAGAUUUUAGCGAGACCGAAUUGGAAAUGAUUGAGAAGGAGACACGUCUGAGAGAAUCCCUAAGUCAAAAUGAAUUGAUCUCAAGGAGUAAUUCAUUUGGUAGACAUUUGUCUAGCGGUGGCGGUGGUGGCGGCGGCGGCGGUAGCAGCGGUGGCGGUGGCAUCGGUAUUGGUGGUGUUGGUGGCGGUGGCGGUGGCACCACCUCAUCAUCCCCCAUACCCAUAGUGACGAAAAGUGCCAGCGUGGAUGAGCCUAUAACAACGACGCAUAGUUCAUCAGUGAGCAAUUCAAAUUCGCUACUCUUGGCAGCUGGAUCCAUUCAAUCUAGUUCUGCCGGAGCACUGACGGCUGGUUCAUUCGGUGGAAUGGGCGGAGGAGCAGGUGGUAGCAUUAGCAGUAGUACAGCUGCUGUCUGUGGCUCAUUAUCCUUGGCCAUUUCAUCGCUACAACUAAAUACUGCCAACACCAAUGCACCGGCGGCAGCGGCAGCUGGAGUUGGAUCCGCCAUAGCUGGUCAACCACUUAGCCCCUUGAAUUAUGUAAGAGAAUUCCGUCCAUUGACCAAUGUAGCAAGAGUGGCCAUCAAUAGUAGGGGUUGGAUGUGGCUGGCUGGUAUUCAGGGCUCUUCCCCAACCCUAGAGGAGGCCGUUCAUCAGGCAUUGGCCACCCUACGUGAUCUGUGUCUUACCAACAACUACGAAUUAUCGGAUAUAUGCUAUAUCACACUCUAUGUGCGCUGUAUAAGUGAAUAUCCGAUUUUGAAUCGCAUCUAUUUGGAAACAUUCGAUUUCCAUAAUCCGCCCACUAGAGUUUGCGUCGAAUGCCCACUCCCCGAUGGCUGUCAUGUGGUCAUGGAUGCUGUCGCCUAUCGUCAGCCCUCGGCUGUCAAUGCCAUUAUAAUGGAGGAACGUGAUCGUGAUGGCGGCGACGAUUCGUCCAUCCAACAGCUGAUCAAUGGCAAACGUAAUACCAUGCAUGUUCAGGGCAUUUCCCAUUGGGCUCCGGCGAAUAUUGGUCCAUAUAGUCAGUCGACUAGGAUCGGAGAUAUAACUUAUAUAUCGGGACAGAUAGCUUUGGUGCCCGGCAGUAUGACAAUCAUCGAGGGCGGCAUACGGCCGCAAUGUAAACUGACUUUACGCCACAUUAGUCGCAUUGCCAAGGCCAUGAAUGCCCAGGGCCAACUGCGUGAUGUGGUCCACGGCAUUUGCUUUGUAACGCAUCCGGCCUUUAUCGGUGAAGCGCGUCGUCAGUGGGAGAGACGUACAACCAAUGCCAUAAUGGACUAUAUAGUGCUCCCGGCAUUGCCACGAGAAGCUCUGGUCGAAUGGCAGGUCUGGGCCCAUACCCAUAAUGAUCGUUUUGACUAUGAAGAGACUGGCUGUUCGGUGGGUGAUUAUACAAUUUCGAUACGACGCCGUUGGAACUAUGAGAACAAUUGUGCGGCCAUUGUGUGUUACGUAUCGACGGGUUUGGCCUCCUCCACUACACAAUUGACGCAAUUAAGUGACGACAUGUUGACCAAUCACUGCCGUUUGGCUCAAAGUGUUAAUGCUGAGCAUUUAGAUGAGAUUCUCACAUAUGUGGUGAAUCGUUUGCUCAAGGAUUAUCCCAUCAAUAAGCAAAAACAGCAACAGCAACAAAAGGAGAAGGAACUUUUGGAAGAUGAUAUUGUUGAGAUACCUUCAAAUGGAGGAGGUGAAGGAAGUGGUGGAAGUGGUGGUAAUGGUGGUGGUGGUGGUGUUGGUGGUGGCGGCUCUUCCCCUAAUCCAUUACCUGCCAUACAUUUGAAAUUAUUCUAUCAAGUGAAUUCAUCGCCAUCGACAGAAUUGCUAUUACAAUCGUUAAACGAUUUCCGUUUAAAGUGCCACGAAAUGGCAUCGAUAGCCUACACAGUUCUGCCCGCCUGCAGUUUGCAUAAUUUUAGCACGUUCCUUUCCAUCUGCGGAGUGAGGCAUGAAUGAAGAGCAAACAAACAAAACAUAGAAAACAAAACAAAAUCGCAAACAAACAAACA